CAGUGUGAGAAGCAGUGAGUGUGUGUGUGUGGUGUAAAGUGUGCUUUUCAGAGUGCUCAGAGGUCGAUGGGAAUGUUUGAUUAGCUCCUCUGAGAAGAAAGGGUGGCUGGACCUCUUGUUGUUUCUUCCUUGGAACAAACAACAUUUGGAUGGGAUCUGUGAUGCAGAAAAGCUUAAGGAAAAAGGGACAUCCCUUCUGUGUGGUGGAAAAUUCUUGAACAAAAUAUUGCUUUCUUCAAACAAAGGGUGCCAUUGGGAGAUUUAUGGGGAUUGUUGUCCUCACUAUGAAGGCAUCUGUUAUUGAAAUGUUCCUCGUUUUGCUGGUGACUGGAAUACACUCAAAUAAAGAAACGACCAAGAAGAUUAAAAGGCCUAAAUUCACUGUGCCUCCGAUCAACUGUGAUGUCAAAGCUGGGAAGAUCGUCCAUCCCGAGUUCAUUGUGAAAUGCCCGGCAGGAUGCCAGGACCCCAAGUACCACGUGUACGGCACGAACGUCUACGCCUCCUCCUCCAGCGUGUGUGCCGCUGCGGUUCACAGUGGUGUGCUCGAUAAUUCAGGAGGGAAAGUACUUGUUCAGAAAGUAGCUGGCCAGUCUGGCUACAGAGGGAGUUACUCCAAUGGCGUCCAGUCCUUAUCCCUGCCCCAUUGGAGAGAAUCCUUCGUCGUCUCAGAAGGUAAACCCCAAAAGGGCGUAACCUACCCAUCAGCUCUUACAUAUUCAUCAGCUAAAAGCCCAGCUGUCAUCGCAGAUGAGACCACAAAAGCCUCUCAGAAACCAUCAGUUCCAGGGACAACCGCACAGCCAGGGACCCUGAUGCAGGUACCGGGGACCACCUCUGCAGAAGGCUCCCACACCACCUUGCCCAAGCCAUCCCCACCGGCAGGCGAAGCCACCAGCAGCCCCAGACCACAGCCUGCGGGCCACAGGAGCCAGCAGCUGGAUCCCUGGCCCACCGCCUCCGACACAAGCAGCCAGAACAGCCCCCGUGCCAGCCCAGGGGACACGGGCAUGUGGAAACCUGGAUCGGUCCUUCUGGAAGCAGGAUUUGUCCUGAAUGAAGAAACAAGCACACAGCCUCUGGACCCCGUCUCCCAGGGAGAUCCGAACUGCAGGGUUGACCUGGCGUUUUUAAUCGACGGGAGCGCGGGCAUCGGCGGGCGGCGCUUCCGAAUCCAGAAGCAGUUCCUGGCUGACGUCGCUCAGGCUCUGGAUGUUGGCCCGGCGGGCCCCCUGGUGGGGGUGGUUCAGUACGGAGAUAACCCUGCUACCCAAUUCAACCUCAAAACUCACAUGAAUUCCCAAGACCUGAAAGCAGCCAUAGAGAAGAUCACCCAGAGAGGAGGGCUGUCUAACGUGGGCCAGGCCAUCUCCUUUGUGACCAAGAGCUUCUUCUCCAAAGCCAACGGGAACAGAGGCGGCGCCCCCAACGUGGCCGUGGUGCUGGUGGACGGCUGGCCCACCGACAUGGUGGAGGAAGCCUCCCGGCUCGCCAGAGAGUCAGGGAUCAACAUUUUCUUCAUCACCGUGGAGGGCGCCGUGGAACAUGAGAAGCCGUACGUGAUGGAGCCCAACUUCGCAAGCAAGGCCGUGUGCAGGACCAACGGCUUCUACUCGCUCAGCGUGCCCAGCUGGUUCAGUCUGCACAAGAGCGCGCAGCCCCUGGUGAAGCGGGUGUGCGACGCCGGCCGGCUGGCCUGCAGCAAGACCUGCCUCAACUCGGCCGACCUGGGCUUCGUGGUGGACGGCUCCAGCAGCGUGGGCACCGCCAACUUCCGCACCGUCCUGCAGUUCGUGGCCAACCUCAGCAGGGAGUUCGAGAUCUCGGACACGGACACGCGCGUCGGGGCCGUGCAGUACACCUACGAGCAGCGGCUGGAGUUCGGGUUCGACGCCUACCGCACCAAGCCCGACGUCCUCAGCGCCAUCAGGAGGGUGGGCUACUGGAGCGGCGGGACCAGCACGGGCGCCGCCAUCAACUACGCCCUGGAGCGGCUCUUCAAGGAGUCCAAGCCCAACAAGAGGAAGCUGAUGGUCCUCAUCACCGACGGGAGGUCCUACGACGACAUCCGGAUCCCGGCCAUGGCAGCUCAUCUCAAGGGAGUCAUCACCUACGCCGUGGGCAUCGCCUGGGCCGCCCAGGACGAGCUGGACGUCAUCGCCACGCACCCGGCCAGGGACCACGCCUUCUUCGUGGACGAGUUCGACAGCCUCCACACCCUGGUCCCCAAGGUCAUCCGGAACAUCUGUGCGGAGUUCAACUCCCGGCCUCGGAACUGAAUCCGGGCUGGGCGGCCAGUCGCCGCUGUCCUGCCUGGCGCCGGGACAGCCCCCCGGGCCUCCUGGGCGCGCACUGGGCAGGAGGCACGUGGGCUACUAUUCUCUGCCAGUGUGCCCUUUUCCUAUCUCAAACCUUGGAGUUAGGGAGAUGAUCAUGAAUGUGUAGAAAUGAGCCCAAAUGAGACAUCCUUUUGAGGAUGCUGAGAGUUUGACGUUUUGACAACUGUUUUCAAAAUAACUACACAGAAUAGAGGACAGCACUUGAGACAGGCCUAACCAAAGCUUUUGUUGUUUUUUGUUUUGUUUUGGCCUGUCAUUAGAACUCUGUAACCGUCAACGGGUUUCGUUUUGUUGUGACCGUGUAGGAGUGGCUUAAUUAAAUGUUGAAAAGGAUACAUGUGAUCGUUCUGCGUCACGGGCAGGGGUACAGUGUGUGUGGCAGGGCCACCCCUGCUCUUCUCCUUCCCCAGACCUCCUGCCGUGCCCUCGCUCCCAGCUCGGGGUGACGCACACCCACGGGUGCAGACACUGUGCUGGCACCCGCUGGUGUUAGGGCCAUAGAGAGCCACGGCCAUCCGGCUUACCAGUGGUGCACUGAGCUGGUGCAGAGGCUCUCAGCCCAGGCUGCAGGUUAGAAUCAUGUGAAGACUACAACGCUGCUUCCCAGUCCCCACCCCAGUCCAGUGAAGUCGGGGUCUGGGAAUGGAGCUCUCUGUGGGGCUGAGAUGUCAUCGGAAUUGAGAACCUCUGAGCUCCCUCUGAGCAGGCAGUGUCACAGCUGUUUCCUGCAGGAGGCCUGUUUGGGUCCCACCCAGUGUGGCAUCUGUCCCGGAUGCUUUUGUUUGUUAACCGGAUGUUAUCAUUCAUGGCAGCAUUACGAUGGGAUGGGUUUGGCUGACCUCCACUUUCUGCGCCCAGCUUCUGCGAAGGACUGGUGUGUUAGGUUGUAAACUCAUGUGCAACCGGGAAACGCUCAGAAGAAUCACAAAUAGAGAUGACAUUCGACAAGUUAUGUUUUGUAGAAAUGUGUGUUGAAGCAUGCUACUCUGACAGGAGGCAAAAAGGUUAACACCUGUGUAAAUACCUGGCACAAAAGAUUUACAUAAAACAUUUUGAAUCGAAGUCAUCAUCCAUUUAGCA